CUUAAUUUGUUCUCUCCGUCUUCACCCCUCCCCUCUCCUCUCCUUCAACCUUCACUUUUCACCGCCUCCCAUAAACUAAUACUUAUCUAUUCUCUUAUUCCGACCAAAAGCAAUGUGAAAAGACUGCAACCAUUUGAGAGAGAGAGAGAGAGAGAGAGAUCCAAUUAAUCCUUCAUUUCUCAGCUCUUGUGUUAUUAAGCUUGUAAGCACCUUGUCAAGGCACUCAUUCUCUGGUGUCUUCUUAUAGUUGAGAUAUCCAAUAUUUCUCCAGAUAUAAUUAGCUUCUGUUGCUUCGGUUGACAUCACAACAAAAGCAGCUUGAACCAAACUGUGGAGGAAGAGUACUUGAACAUGUUGGAAAAAAUGGCAGAAGAAGCAAUUGUAAACGGUUCUGCUCUAAACCAAACUGCUGGAUCCAACCCCCUCCCUGCAAGGAAGAAGAGAAGCCUCCCAGGAACCCCAGAUCCUGAAGCCGAAGUCAUCGCCUUGUCGCCAAAGACCCUAAUGGCCACCAACAGGUUCCUGUGUGACAUAUGUGGGAAAGGGUUUCAAAGAGAUCAGAACCUGCAACUUCACCGGCGAGGCCAUAACCUGCCGUGGAAACUCAAGCAGAGGACCAGCAAGGAGGCCCGGAAGCGCGUUUACGUGUGCCCAGAAAAGACCUGCGUCCACCACCACCCUUCCCGGGCUCUUGGCGACCUGACCGGUAUCAAGAAGCACUUCUGCCGGAAGCACGGCGAGAAGAAGUGGAAGUGUGAGAAAUGCUCCAAGCGUUAUGCCGUGCAGUCUGACUGGAAGGCUCACUCCAAAACCUGUGGCACCAGGGAGUACAAAUGUGACUGUGGAGCUGUGUUUUCAAGGCGAGAUAGCUUCAUGACUCACAGGGCCUUUUGUGAUGCCUUGGCCGAAGAAGCAGCUAGGGUUACAGCAGCCUCAAACAUCAACAAUACCAUGGCCAGCAACAUAAAUUACCAUUUCAUUGCAAACCCAAUAAGCCCAGGCAUGCCACAGAAUUUCUCUUCAAUUUUCAAGCCAGUUCCAACCAGUGAAAAAGGACUCUCCCUGUGGAAUAAUAUGGGCCAAGGAAGCCUAGGUCAAGAAACUAUGGCCAAUAAUCUUCACCCCAUUGGGUCUGUGAGUUCAGAAGCUGCUGUCUAUGGUGAUCUACUUGUUUCAUGUUCCAAUCCUCUCCCAUCCAGCCACCAAUUGACAUGGGUUUUCGGAGAAAAUAAGGUUUCUUCCAACAAGAGUGAAGAAAUAUCAAGAAAUUCUCUUCAUUUGAGCGAUGCCAAGGACACUGGAACUCAGCUUGUUAGUGUUCCUUCUUUGUACAGCAGCCAACACCAUGUGCAUCAAACACCUUUAACAAAUAUGUCUGCCACAGCCUUGUUGCAGAAGGCUGCCCAAAUUGAUUCUAUUUCUAGUGACCCUUCUUUCCUAGGAAGCUAUGGACUGAAUUUGAAGUGCAGUAACAUUCAAGGCCAAGAUGGGAGCAAGUUCUGUGGAUUUUAUGGUCUUGGAGGCGGUGCAGAGAGAUCAGAAAACGAGAUUUCGAGCUUGGAUGAGCUGCAGAUGUACCCCUCAAAGCGCAGGAAUGUACAGAAUAAUCGCGAAGAUGGAACUGCCGGAGGGCAAACCAGGGAUUUCUUGGGGGUUGGAAUUCAGUCCAUCUGCCAUCCAUCAUCAGUGAACGGAUGGAAUAUUUGAUUGAUGAUAUUGGAAUGAAGAAAAGGCAUUGAUUUUAGUAAUGACAAGCUUUGCAGAGAGGAAAAGGUGGCAUUUGAGCAGGGCUAAAAGUGAUGAAGCUUAGAAAACUAUUCAAGAUUUGAAGGAGGAGGAGAUCCAUGCAUAUUCUCUUGCAGCCUCAAAGUUGCCUUUAAAAUGGUGGCUUUUUGUGUUCUUGAUAAAGGGGCUAAGUGUAGUGGGGGCAAAGCAAGAGGGGCCUUUUGAACUCCAUUAUUGCGAUGUUCAAUAUAUCUGUUGUGGAGCUAGCUAGCUAGCUUGAUCUUAUAUUUAAAAUUGCACUAA